UGGAGGGAAUGCUGGGGCAGCUGGGAGAGAGAUUGUUCUUGCAGACACUCUCCCCAAAAGUCUGCAGCAACCUGGGAGCGAGGGAAGAGGCAGAGGGCAAGGGAACUUUGGCUUCUCCUGUUCUCCAACAGUUCCUGAGGGCGUCGCUGGACACCAUCAAUGAUGAGGCCUGGAUCGAGGCCCUGAGCUGCAAGCUGAGCCGGUGGCUGAGCAGUUCUCCCAGCAGCUCUGGAGAAAAGGCUUUCCUGUACAAGGCUCUGGGGACAGCACUGGGAGCUUGUAAGGGAGUCCUCCAUGUCCAAGAGAAGCAGGAGCCAUCGGAGGCCCAGGCUGUGCAAAGGCCGGAAUGCGAGGAGUGAGGGUGACGGAGCACUGGAACAGGCUGCCCAGGGAGGUGGUGGAGUCUCCUUCUCUGGAGAUGUUCAAGACCUGCCUGGAUGCCUACUUGUGCGACCUGCUGUAGGGAACCUGCUUUGGCAGGGGGGUUGGACUCGAUGAUCUCAGGAGGUCCCUUCCAACCCCUACAAUUCUGUGAUUCUGUG